ACAUGAUGGUCUUCCUUCACAUGGCCCGGUUGUGAACCAGCUGAAAUUCACCUCGAGAGCCUGCGACAUCCACUAGUCUUAUUUGUUUCUUCUUCCUUUCGAUCGCUUGCCUUCCAACCUAGUCAUUCUGCGUGGCGCUUCCAUAGACCGCCGGCGGUUCUGAGACAAGACCUGAUCACAUCACACGAAACGCAAACGGAGACAAUCCUCGACUCCCCGCUGUCUGGUCGGGAAGCGUGACCACUUCAUCGGCUUACACGCGCAGCGCAAGAAAUUUUGACAGGUGUAACCAACAGGAUAAAAUUUUGCAGAUACUGUGAAGAUGGCAGAGGUGGAGGAGACGCCAGCGCAGCGACAAGCUCGCAUUCGACGUCAGAAGCGUGAGGCGAAGAUUACGGGUUCAGCAACGGAGAGACUCGAUAAGAUCACAAGGUUGAGUGGAAGGACUCCAGAGAGCAUGCGAAACGAGUCGCCAGUGCCAACACCACCUCCGCGAUCCCCUCCUCCGGAACAGAUGGCCCCACCGGCUGGAGGACCUGGUGCCUCUCCCACCCCGGAACAGCUUCGGGCACAGGAGGAGUACUUGAAGGCAAUGUUGAGACAACCCCUGUCACAAGAGGGACAAAGCCAAGCACAGCAGGAAGACCCCAUGUUGAAGCUACUACAAACAAUGAUGGGAGGAAUGGACAGCUCCACAGAUCCCAAUGCUCCUGGUGGAAUGGGUGCGGGCCCCGGAUUGUCUCCCGACGACAUCUCAAAGGCAACAGGUCUUCCUCCCUUCCUGACCAACAUGGUGAUGGGAGAUCAGAAGGCGCCACCUGGCCAGGCCGAGAUACAAGCGACACGCUUCUGGAAAGUCGUGCAUGUUGUUUUCGCCAUGAUGGCGGGCUUAUACUUGGUGUUUAGCAUCCACAAAUCCACUCAGACCUAUGGUGAGAAUCCGCCGGCACCAGCGACCUUCCAGAACCCGUUCCUUAUGUUCAUGACCGGAGAAUUGUUGGUCCAGGGCGCAAGAGCAGUAUCAAAGGGCCAGUCGGGCAAAAGCGGAAUAAGGCUGUGGAUACAAAUGGGCAAGGAAUUCAUCGGGGACGGCGCGAUUAUGGUAUUCAUGCUAGGAUUAGCGUCCUGGAUGAAAGGAAGCUGAAUGCGGAAAUAUACAAACUACGAUUUCUUGAGUGGCAAUAUUAUUGUCAGAUGAGAUGCCUUUGCAGAGUAUUGUGCCAGGUCCGGCAUUCACAUCUUCGUUCUGGCUGCUAGACAAGACAUUGGGCGGAAGCAUCACACCACAGGCUUGGCCGGCACCGGUGGGACAUGCGAGCAUCUAGAUCGUGAAUGGACCGUAAAAGGGCGAUG